GCCGAUGUUAUCAUUCGGCUUUGAAGAUUCCUCUUCUAUGCAUUUUUCAACAUCCUAUAGGUGCUUUUCUGUUUCGCUUUUUCCAGGAAAUGCCCGAGAAGAUCUUGAAAAUGGAGGGAAAAUUAUUAUGCCACCUUCAGCACUUGAGAUCCUCACCCGCCUCAAUAUUCAAUAUCCAAUGAUAUUUAAAUUGACAAAUAAACAGGCUUUUAGGUCAUCGCAUUGUGGUGUUCUUGAAUUUGUUGCCGACGAAGGCAAUAUAUAUGUGCCCUACUGGAUGCUCAGGAAUUUGCUCUUAGAAGAAGGUGAUCGUGUCUUUGUAACAAACACCGCUUUGCCGGUCGCAACCUUUGCAAAGUUUCAGCCACAGACAACUGAUUUUCUUGACAUUACCAAUCCUAAAGCUGUUCUUGAGAGCGCACUCAGAAGCUUUGCGUGCCUAACAAAGGGAGAUAUCGUAGCGCUACAGUACAAUCAAAAGAUUUAUGAGCUCAAGGUGUUAGAAACUAAACCAGAAGAUGCGGUUACUAUAAUUGAAUGUGAUAUGCAUGUCGAAUUUGAGGCACCCUUGGGUUACCAAGAUCCUUCCAAAAACUCAGCAGAAAAUAGAUAUUGCGAGGAUUCCAAGCAGGAAGAUGAUGCUAUUGAAGUACCAAUCCGUGCUCAAGGCUUUCAGCUUGACUUGAGGGUUUUUGACAACAUUUGUUAG